AUGCCGCAUUGGCUGGUAAUAGGUAUUUCGGGUGUAACCUGUGGUGGCAAGACAACGCUGGCACACCGGCUACGCGACUACUUUCAACAGCUGCGCGGUGGACCACUUUGGAAUUCACCCUACAUAAUGGGUGAUGUACAGUUAAUUUCGCAAGAUGAUUACUUCCUGCCAGUUGAUGAUUUACGCCACAAGUGGAAUGAUAAAUUAAACGUCAUCAAUUUUGAAUUACUAAGCUCGCUGAAUAUGAAGCAAAUGCUCUCAGACAUAAAAUGGGCCAUGAAGGGACGUUAUUUGGCUAAUGAUCCAAUGGAGAAUAUCGACUUUAUUAACGAAAUGUCCAUGUCUACUAAUUUUGAGCACUAUGCUCAACCAGUUACACAACAAUUUUUCCAUCCAAAUCACUAUAAAUUGAAUCAAUGCAGUUUAAUACAACACAACCUACAUCCGCACCAAAAUGGCCUGCAACAACAUCACCAUAUGCAUAUGCAAGCAAAUGCAACUGUUGCACAUCCUUCGCACAUAAUGCGCAUCAAUUCACAUCUGCGAGACAACAAAUUCAACUUGCUCAUUAUAGAAGGCUUCACCAUCUUUAAUGAGCCGAAGGUAUUGAAGAUGUGCAAUAUAAAAUUUCAUUUUCAUUUGCCGUAUGAAAAAUGUUAUGAACGACGCCAGAAACGCAGUUAUGACCCACCGGAUGUGACUGGAUAUUUUGAAAUAUGCGUAUGGCCACUCUAUGAGAAGAAUUUUAACGAAAUUCGCGAUAAACAAGAUGUAACAUUCCUAAAUGGUGAAUUGAGUAAAGAACGCAUUUUUAAAUUCGUGCUGCAAAAGAUAGCUAACCACUUUGAGGAACGCUGCGAUGUAGCCUGCCCGCCACCACAAAAGCUACUCGGUAUGCCGAGUUGCUUGACAAGUGGUGCCAUGGGCAUUGAGAGUUGUGGUGAUGGAAAUGCACGUUUAGCGGUCGGCAUUACAGGUAACCCGACGAAAACUUGUCCCAUGGAACAAUAGUAAGCUGGUGGAAGCAAUACUAAAAACAAAAAAAUUAAUGGUUAAUAGGAAUUACCAUUGUUAAGCCUUCUCUAAUAUUAAUUUUAAUUUAUUAUUUUUGGAAUGCCCUGAAAUUUCAUAUUGUAAAAUGUUACAGAAAUCAUACCCAGUUUCUUUAGAUGUACUAAAGUUGAAGUCGAUUUGAGUCUACUAUUCAUAAAAUAUGCAUACAUAUUAUAUUUGUAUAUUUAAGAUGAACAAUUCGUACCUUGUGCUCACACUGUAAAUAUGCGUACAAAAAUAUAAAAAAUCAUUUUUAUUAAUGAGAAUUAAUUAUAAUUAUGAAAAUAAACUAGAAAAUAAAAAAAACAUAAAUGGUAUA